AUGUCUGUACCUUACGAAAGAAUUACGGUAGCACCUCUUGUUUUACUAUCUGUGCUGGAUCACUACGAGAGAACACACACUCCUGAAGGUAAAAGAUGUGUUGGUGUGGUUUUGGGAGACGCAUCAUCACCUGUACUUAGGGUGACAAAUUCAUUCGCAAUACCAUUUGAAGAAGAUGAGAAGAAUCCUGACGUUUGGUUUUUAGAUCAUAAUUACAUCGAGAACAUGAAUGAUAUGUUUAAGAAGAUUAAUGCCAAGGAGAAAUUGAUUGGAUGGUACCACAGUGGUCCUAAGUUAAAAGCAUCUGAUUUAAAGAUUAAUGAAUUGUUCAAGAAAUAUACUGGUAACAAUCCAUUGCUGCUUAUCGUGGAUGUUAAGCAAGAAGGGGUUGGAUUACCAACAGAUGCAUACUUCGCAGUGGAACAAGUUAAGGAUGAUGGUACUUCUACAGAAAAGACGUUUGUCCAUUUACCAAGUACUAUCGAAGCUGAAGAAGCUGAAGAAAUUGGUGUAGAACAUUUGCUAAGAGAUGUUAGAGAUCAAGCCGCGGGUGGUCUUUCCAUUAGACUAACAAAUCAAUUGAAAUCUCUUCAAGGUCUACAAAGGAAGUUAGGUGAUAUUGUGGCAUAUUUGAAUAAAGUUAUGAAUAAAGAAUUACCUAUAAACCAUGUCAUCCUAGGUAAAUUGCAAGACGUUUUCAACCUAUUACCGAACUUGGGUCAGCCUAAUGAAGAUGAAAUAAACGUAAAGAACAACGAAGUCGUUAACCACAACAACAAUUUACAAAAAGCCCUAACGGUGAAGACCAAUGACGAAUUAAUGAUCAUCUAUAUCGCCAAUUUAGUUAGAGCUAUAAUUGCCUUUGACGAUCUUAUCGAGAACAAAAUACAGAACAAAAAGCUACAGGAAAAGAAGACAAAGGAAUACGAAGCCGAACACCCUAACAACAAGCAAAAGGAUGAUGAAUCAGUGGCUGCUUCAUAA